AUGCCCCUCGAUCUCAACUACGAUGAGAUCUCCUCCAAAUUCGACCGCCUCGUAGCGGACGGCAUCGUCUUCUACAAACCAAGCACUCUAAUCCCACUCACCCACCGCGGAAUGACCGUUCGUCCACCACAGAGCCCUCCAACCCCCCCGCACUUCCUAAUUUUACCUCCUCCUCCCUUCCAGUUCUCCUUCCACAUCAUCGAGGGCCACAAGACCAAGCCCCAAGAAGGCGACCCCGUCGCCGCCACUAAAGCAGCGCAGGCCGCGGCCUCCAACCCGGCGCCCUGCUUCGGGCCCGGCAGCGACAUCGCGAACGACCACCCCGAUAUCUGCAUCACGACGGUCAACGGGACGCACCUGCUCACCAUGAACAAGUUCCCCGUCUUCCGGCCCAUGUUGCUAUUGCUGACGGUGGAUUCGUACCGCCGUCAGCACGAGCCGCUUGCGCGGGCGGAUCUGGAUGCGGGCUGGAGCGUGAUCGAUGCGCUCCGGGCGGAGCAUUAUGUCUUCUAUAACUGCACGUUUCGGGCGGGGGCAAGUCGUCAGCAUAAGCAUUUGCAGAUCGUCCCGGCACCUGGGGCGAGCGAGGAGUAUGCGGCGGGGUAUCGCUUUUUCCCUGACUACGAGGGUGUCGGGCCUGGGGCGGAGUGGAGGGCUCCGUUUACGUAUUUCUUGGUUCGGUGGGAGGGAGCCCGCCUGGAUGCGGACUUUCUAUUAGAGAAGUAUCUGGGGCUGUUGCAGAAGGCGAGGGUAGCGCUGGGGGUGGCCGUGGAGGAGCAGGAGAUUCCACAUAAUUUUGUCCUGACCAAACGCUGGAUGAUGGUCAUUCCGCGCCGGGCUAAGGUGUCUCACGGUCUUACUGCUAACUCUGCGGGGAUGCUGGGCUCAAUGUAUAUUAUCAGUCAGGAGCAAUUGGACGCGUGGAAGGAGGCGGGGCCGACGAAUGUUUUGGCGGGGCUGGGCAUUGCGGACGAGGAGUUCUGA